AUGAAUGCUUCCCUGCUGGCGGCGCUAUCCUCACCGGUCCGAGGCGCCAGGACGCCGGUGAGCAACGCCACUGCUGUCAGCGGCAAGACCAAGCGGAAUGGACCGAAGCACACCACCGGCGCAGGAUCGACAAACAACAAGGAGAACACAACAUCAUCAUCAUCAUGGAUGGCAGCAGCGAAGACAGCAGCCGCGGUGGAUGGCUCCCGCGCCCCGGCCUUCACCGCGCUGGAGACCCCAAGCACGCCGGGGAGGAUGGAGAAUCUUAGGGUGCUGAUUGAGGAAGGGAAAAAGGCGGCGGCGGAGGGGCGUCUUGCCGCGGCUCUGCGCAAGUACGAGACGGCCAUGGUGACGCUGCCUGAGGCCUACAAGCCCAGGCUUCGGAAAAAGAUCGCCAGGUUGGAAGCCCUCUUGGACGACGAGGAAGAACGCCCCAGGCGGUCGUCGCCGCUAGCUCGCGCUUUCACGGGUUCCCGCGAUGCCAUGCCGUGCGUGUCCGGUACGGGUAGGUGUUCCGCGUCGCCGAAUGACCAGGAUGUCGGCCUCGACAUGGCCGGCCUCGGAGACAAAAUGUCGGCAUCAAGCUUGCUCGCCACCGCCGCCUCAGAACCCUACCGUUCGCCCUCACGCCCUCGAGAAACUGCCGGCGAUCACGACCACGCCCGGGGAGUUUCCUUGAGCGAAGAGGCCAGCCCAGGGGCGGGGGAGGACGGUGGGUACUGCGGUCUGGGGGAGGCCGGGCCAGAGGAGGAGGAGGAGGAGGAACAGUUUGACGGGGAGAGCAUGGACGCGCAGGAGCGCCUGCGUGCGAUGAACAGGGGGCUGAGCGGCAAGCUGGAGAAGCAGGUCGUAGACAUCAUGAACCAGGCGAGCAGCGCGGAGCUCACCGACCUGCACGGGAUUGGGCCCCGGAGAGCGCAGCUCAUCCUGCAGACGAGGGCGGCUGCCCCCUUCGAGACCCUGGCGGAUCUGUCGCGCAUCGGCAUGUACCCCAAGCAGAUCGAGAAAAUGGGACGUCACAACAUGCUAGAGUGCCUCGACGUAUGCAGUCCCGUCGAAAGCUCGACGCGGGAGGAAGCGGCAUCAGCAGCGGCGGCCCUUUGA